GGGAAGAGACCGUGGAUGACCGCGGCACGACGUUAAGAGGAUGCCAAAGUGGGAAAGAACAUUUCAUCAACAUUCCGUCGGUGAAGCUCUCAAGUAUGGCAUCCCCUUAACGAGCAGCGCGAUUAUUCAUCGUCGCAGGCAAUUAGCCCGAGUCGGCCUAAUUCCCGGCGCCGAUACGGAGCUCGCUGUCUCAUUAACGCGCGAGAUAACCGACGAGGUUCACGGUCGUCUCCAUCGAAGUGUUCACGGUCCUUCGUUCCGAGCUCGGUGCUCCGAGACGAGGAGAGAUGACGCGAGGGCAGGCGGCAGAAAAAUUCUCACGCAACGGGACCCGCGAGAGAAAGAAAGAGGGAGCGAAGGGAGGGAUUGGAUUUUCAUCACCAGCGGCAAAAGAGCGCGCGUGCAGCCUCUCGAUCGACUUGAUCGAACACGUCGGUCGUAAUGACCGAAACAAGAUAUAAUUCCCGGGGGCCAAUAACGUUGCCGCCGUCGCCGAUAAUUCGCGCCCGGCCGAUCCGUCAACUCGGGCUCUCGUGCGCCUUCAACGUCAUCCUCCCGCGCGUUUAACGUUGAGUACGGCUGUGUGUCAUGCCAAGUAUAAUAAAUGCGUUCGCGCGACCAAAAUCAUGCGGUCGUAUUUUAGCGUACGCGGCCCGGAAUGCCGUGGCCGCGUCGGCCAUUCCA